AUGUCUAAUCUGGCAAGGGUCAACCGAGAGCGGUACCUUGUGGCCGAAACCUAUGCGAAGAACGGAGACGUCCGCGAAUGUCUUGAGAUAUGCUGGCAGAUGCGGCUCCAGUCAGACCUUUCCCUCUACCAGCGAGCGUGGGUAAACCUCCUCAUCGCAUCGGUCAUAGAUGUUCAGAACUAUCCGGAUUGCGACAAAUACCCUAAGGAGGUCAAGGCUCUUGUAGAGCAAAUUCGACGCGAGGUACCAACACUGGGUCCGAAAUCGUCCUCUGCACUACACUAUCUCGAGGCCAAGGCCGAUGAGUUGCAGGGCCAAAUCGAGCGACUGCAAAAGGAAGUAGCCGAAAAGCAUUCAACACUCGUUCCAGAUAAUCGUGUCUUCCACGAGGAGACCAACAAAACGAUUUUGAACGACUUCAACAAGGAUGCAGACGAGCCUGUGGAUAAGAGCAUAGAGGAGAAGCAAUGGACGAUCGAGGGCAUGUAUACUGACCUUGGCUUCGGCUAUGGGAGAAACAAGCCAGUGGUCGAUCCUCCUAUUCUUCAUGAACCAAUCUUGACGGGCGAUAAGGUGAUGGGAAGCUUCUCCUCGGAAGUAGGCGGUCAGCCCAGCUCUCAGCCAUCCGUGUUUUCCAACAAGCCUGAGGGUGAUGUUCAGAUGUCUGAUGCGACGGAGGUGUUCGGGUCAAGUUCUCCGAAUCUUGUGGCGAAGACUUCUGACAGUGAGUCAACUGAAAGCGGCGGAUGA